UCCCGGCUUUACAGUAUAGAGCGUCUCGUCUUUUGAUCUUGAAAUGGACAUGACGUUUAAUUUGUAUUUGUGACAAAUUUUAAUUUAUUAUUUUUCCCCAAUUUACAUCGUUGUCUAUUAACACAAUUUUUUUUUUAUAAACAAAAAUGUCGUCGUCCGAUAUUGCAAUGCUGGUUGACAUGGGAUUUACCAUGUCAAGCGCGGAAAAAGCUCUGCAAAUAACGGGAAAUAAAGGUGUAGAACCAGCAAUGGAAUGGCUGUUGGCGCACAACGAUGAAUCGGAACCUCCCGAAUCACCUGCAGAAUCACCAGUUGGAGAGAGUGCUCCUGAUACGGUUUCUGCUGCCGAACCAAAUCAGGAUAUGGCUAGUGCAAGUGGAGAAAAUAAGGACGUCGCAAAAUCGAUGAAAUGUGACGUUUGCGGAAAAUUAUUUAAUUCAACACUCGAGGUCGAGUUUCAUGCGACAAAAUCGGGUCACGAUCAAUUUUCCGAGAGUACAGAGUCGAAAAAACCAUUGACCGACGAGGAGAAGAGGGAAAAAUUAAGGCAACUAGAGGAAAAACUCAAAGAGAAAAGAAAGGAGCGUGAGGAAAAGGAAAAGCACGAAUCAUUCGAGAAGGAGAAAUUAAGAAUACGUUCUGGAAAAGAAAUGUCCGAAGCAAGAAAAAAAUUAGAGGAAGUUGAAAUGCAAAGGAUAUUGGAGCAAAGAAGACGCGAGAAGGAGGAUGACAAAAGAGCUCGUCAAAGGGUUAGAGAGCAAAUUGAAGCCGAUAAAGCAGCGAGAAGAGCAAAAGCUGCUGGUGCAAGUAAUCAGCAAACACCACCUGCGACGCCAAAUGCAAUCUCGCCAACUGCAUCGAGUCCAACUGAAAUUGCUCCCAGUACUGCCGUUAAAAAGGACUAUAAUCAAACUCGACUUCAAAUAAGACUUACAAAUGGACAAACAAUAACGCAAACUUUUGGAUCCAAGGAGCAAUUAUCGGCUGUGAGACUUUAUAUCGAUAUGAAUCGAACUGAUGGAGAAGGAUCUUUUAAUUUAAUGACGAAUUUCCCACGAAAAGUUUUUACAGACGACGAUUUCGACGCACCUUUGGAUGUUUUGGGUUUGGUACCCUCGGCAGUUAUAAUUAUCCAGAAAAAAAUACAAUGAUCAUCGAAACAAUUCUCGUGAGCUAAAGAAAAUAAUUAAUAUUACUACUAUUAGAUUUUUAGCUAUUUUUUAAUUAAAUCGCAAUUUAUCGAUUUCUGUAUGCUAAACCUGUUUUUUUUUUAAUUUAAAAAGAACUAAAAGAGAAAUUAAGACUUUUCUUUUAUUGAUAAUAAUAAUAAUUAAAGACCUAAUCUUAAAGAAAAAGAAAUUUCUAUAAAAAUAUUAAGAAGCGACCAAAUUUUUUUUUAUUUUUUUAUUUACAAAGUCAAAUACUGAUUUACAAUUUGUACCAAGCAUUACAUGUGGACAUAAAAAAUAUAUAUCUCUUCGGUAA